GGGUACUUCCGUUCCUUCUCAACCCGGCCCUCCCCUCUGCCGGGACAGCCGCUGCCCGGCUAACCGGGGGCGAUGUCGGACACAUGGAGCUCGAUCCAGGCUCACAAGAAGCAGCUGGACUCGCUGCGGGAGCGGCUGCAGCGGAGGCGCAAGCAGGACCCCCUGGACCUGAGGAAUCCGGACCUGGCCCUCAGCCCUCCCUUUCGAAGCGACAGUCCGGUUCCUUCGUCCGUCACGCCCAGCACCGCCACUGAGCCAGGGGAUCUCGUGGCUGAUCCUGAGCUUGAGAAGAAGCUCCUACAUCACCUCUCUGACUUAGGACUGGCCCUCCCCACAGACGCCUUGUCUAUCUGCCAUGCCAUUUCCACGCCCGAAGCCCCCGCCACUCAGCGGAGCGUGGAAAGCCUCUUGCAGAAGUUUGCGGCGCAGGAGCUCAUCGAGGUCAAACGGGGCCUCCUCCAGGAUGACGACCAGCCCAUGCUGGUCACCUACGCUGAUCACUCCAAGCUCUCCGCCAUGAUGGGUGCCGUGGCCGAGAAGAAGGACGCCGGGGAAGGGGUCGGGCCCGGAGGGCCAAAGAGGAGAGCCGGGGAGCAGGACGCCGGGGUUCCCGCCUCUGCGUCUGGGGCCGCUCCCUCUGCCUUGGCGUCUUCUGAGGUGCUCAAGGAGCCCCCCAAGAAGUCUCGCAAGCAGGCCUCGGACCUGGACCUGGAGAUUGAGAGCCUGCUGAGCCAGCAGUCGACGAAGGAGCAGCAGAGCAAGAAGGUGAGCCAGGAGAUCUUGGAGCUGCUGAACACGACGACGGCCAAGGAGCAGUCCAUCGUGGAGAAGUUCCGCUCACGAGGCCGGGCGCAGGUGCAAGAGUUUUGCGACUACGGAACCAAAGAGGAGUGCAUGAAGGCCAGCGACGCCGACCGGCCGUGCCGAAAGCUCCACUUCCGCCGCAUCAUCAACAAGCACACGGAUGAGUCUCUGGGGGACUGCUCCUUCCUCAACACCUGCUUCCACAUGGACACCUGCAAGUACGUCCACUACGAAAUCGACGCCUGUGCCGACCUGGACGCCCCUUGCGGGCGGGAGCUGAGCUCGGGCCAGGAGCUGGCGCUGCCCCAGGCGGUGGGGAGGGACUCCAGCGUGGACCGCCUUUUCCCUCCGCAGUGGAUUUGCUGCGACAUCCGCUACCUUGACGUCAGCAUCCUGGGCAAGUUUGCUGUCGUGAUGGCCGACCCGCCUUGGGACAUCCACAUGGAGCUUCCAUACGGGACCCUCACGGACGACGAGAUGAGGCGCCUCAACAUCCCCGUCCUGCAGGACGAGGGGUUCCUCUUUCUGUGGGUCACCGGCCGGGCCAUGGAACUCGGCCGGGAAUGCCUGAAUCUCUGGGGGUACGAGCGAGUAGAUGAGAUAAUCUGGGUGAAAACAAACCAGCUCCAGCGCAUUAUCCGGACGGGGCGGACAGGCCACUGGCUCAACCAUGGCAAAGAGCACUGCUUGGUCGGGGUGAAAGGAAACCCCCAGGGCUUCAACCGAGGUCUCGACUGCGACGUCAUUGUGGCAGAGGUACGCUCCACCAGUCACAAGCCAGACGAGAUCUACGGCAUGAUCGAGCGGCUCUCGCCCGGGACCCGCAAAAUAGAGCUCUUUGGGCGACCCCAUAACGUCCAGCCCAACUGGAUCACGCUUGGUAACCAGCUGGACGGAAUCCACCUGCUGGAUCCAGAUGUGGUGGCUCAGUUCAAACAACGUUACCCAGACGGAAUCAUCUCCAAGCCCAAGAACAUGUAGAGGGGAAACAAGGGGAGAUUUUAGCGCGAUGGACCAAAGGGGGUGUUUUACAGGGGGUGCUGGCAAAAGCAAUGGAUUGUAUUCUAAUAUAGGGUGGCUUUUUUUCUAAAAUAAAUAAAACAAAAUGGA